AUUAAGCUGAUUUUGGCCACGCUGAGCUCGAAAAUAACGUGCCACAACAAUAACAAACAUGUAAUCAAUUGUACACCGCAAGAACACAAAUCGAAGAAUGAGGAUCAAGCAAUCUAAAAAGUUACGAUCUAAGCAUUUUUAUAAUGGGAAAUCAAAGGUUGAAACGUCGAUCACUCGAGUCGUUUUGCAAGAUGAUUUAUCAAACAACCCUCAUUGCAUUCAUGGACCAUGCAUCCUAUGGAAAACGUCCAGUAUGAGUUCUCCAUUCUACGGCUGUUCGUCUUAUCGAAGUCGAAAAGAGUGUCCUUUCUUCGAAAAGUUUGCUCCAAAUAAACAAAUCCAUCUUGUAGAGCAUGAGACACAUCCUCAUCUUCCCUUCGUCCUAGAGAGACAAAGUCGUUUGAAGGCAUUGGAGACACGUGGAGAGAUUUCGUAUUGUUCAACUUGCCAUCUCUGUUGGCAAAACCAAGGGGAACUUAAAACCUCACAUCAACACCAUCAUGUCCACAAAGGUUUGUCUUUGAGUCAGAUGAAACAUCCUUUGUCGAUUUUAGAGCCUUUAAGUGCCAAUAAGGGCGAAGCGCAAUUCCAUUUUACCAAGUUAACUAUGAAUGUGAUCAUGUCUUGGUUCAAGAAAAAUAAGUGGAAAAAUGUCCUUUGUCUUGGAGCUCCGAGUGUAUUUGAAGCCCUAAAGCAUGAAAAUUUGGGAGCUCGGGCUCUUCUGCUGGACAUAGACGACAGAUUGGCCAGUUUUUAUGAUAUGAAUGAAGAAUGGUUGUGGUUUAACAUGUUCAAUAAUCAUUUCUUCUUGGGAAACGAAAGUGAGCGGACCUUCCAAGAGUUUCUUCGAUCGGCAUCUUCCGAUUUAGUGAUUGUGACGGAUCCUCCAUUUGGCGGUAAAUGCGAGCUCAUUGCAAGAACAUUAAAUGCUAUCACGCAGUACUGGCGUCUGUAUCACGGGAUCUUGAGAGUUCCGCAAAUCUUUUGGAUAUUUCCAUAUUUCAUGGAGCAUCAAAUCAUUUCCUGCAUGGACAACUUGUACAUGGCGGACUUUCAAGUCGACUAUACUAAUCACAAAACCUUUCAAAAUGGAACUGGAGGACGAAAAUCCGGAUCGCCUGUAAGAGUGUUCACCAAUGUGGAUGGCAUAUGUUUGCCCUUCCCAGAAAAUCUCGGUUACCAAUUUUGUGCGCCUUGCGAAAAGUGGGUGUCUCCAAAUAAUCGUCAUUGUGAUAUUUGUGGAUCUUGCACGGCCAAAAACGGCGAGACGUACAAGCAUUGUCGUAAAUGCAAACGAUGUGUGAAAAAAAAGUUUUCCCAUUGUAAAUUAUGUAAUCGAUGUGCUCUUCCAGAUCAUCCUUGUAACUUAUUCCGCGAUAAAUCGAUUGCUGAUCCAAAGCGCCAAUAAAUGAUGAUGCAACGAG